GUGUCAGGUAUGGAAUGGACGAGUGGGAGAAAAGCAACGAUUGGUGGAUUGAUUGAUUGAUUGCUUGCUUGAUCUCAGAGGGGAAAGGAAAUGGAGAAUGGAGAAAAAAAAAGAAAAGAAAGAGAGACCGGAAGGGAAAAGGAAAAAAGACCGAGGGCGGAGGGGGGUCGUCAGCCAGAAAGGAGUGGAGAGAAGGAAAGAAGGAGGGAUGAGUCGAAGUCCCCGCAGACACUCGAGAGGAAGAAGGAAGAGGAAGAGGAAGAGAGAUGGAGAUGGACGAGGAAUUCGGCGGAAAAGAUUCCAGACCGAUUGGUAAUACCGUCCGGUCACUGGUAAUUUACGGUAUUUCUGGAGUAGUUCGCGCCUUCCGCUUUGGGAUGCCUUCCAUUUGCAGUUACAUUAUGAC